AUGUCCUGCAUCGGCACCAAGGUUGUCCUGCACGGCAGUGACUUUGACGAGGCCAAAACCAACCGGUACGAGACUGCACAGGGGAACACCCACCCGACGUUGAUCUCGCUCACGUCCCACACCUCGGGCACCACCAGCAGCGGCGCCAUGGGGCUGCUCGGCGCAAAGCUGUCAUGGCUCGCAAACGCCGCCAUGCGCAGCCCUUCAUGUGCACGACCAGGGGAGGCAUAA